GAGGCUGGGGGCAGGCAGGCGCCCUCCCCUGGGACGCAGCGAGAUGCCCAGAUAAGUCCCUGCGCGUCGCCCCAGCCUCUGCAGAUGCCUGGAGAAGAGGGAGACAUGAGGUUGCCUGUGGGGGAAGUUGCCUUUAAAUGGGAGAAACUCCUCCAGCAGGAUGCUUCGAAGGCUGCGUCUGUCACCCAGGAGAAGACAGGAGCCAGGCCCUCCCGGGUUUCUGCUACCCUGGCUGCAUACUCGCUAUAAAAUUCCCCCAAGGGAGAGAAAGCAAGCAAACGCAUUAGAGUUAUCUACGAAAUUCACAAAAAGUCAUUUCUUUGUAAAUUAUUACGUGCCAGGAAAACAUCAAGAGAAACAGUCUCAAGAACACAGGCAAAGGAAUCUGGGAGAAGGAAUAUGGAUCUUCAAAACAAACAAAUGCUAUAGUGCUAUAGGCAGUAAAUCUCAUUAACGGGACUUUUCAUCAAGGCAGAAACCAGUAUAGUGACAAUAAUAAUCCCAUUUAAUUACAUAGCGCCAAAUAUAUCGUUGCCACUUUCCGAUAAAACAAAGGCAGAUUCCUCAAUGGCAGAGGGCGGAUCGAAGGACCCAAUCAGUUUCUUCCAUCCCUAACUUCUGUGAAUCUCAGAUAAAUACACCACUUUGGAGAGAGGGGAGUGGGGAAAUCUCCGAUCUCCAUUAGACACUCAGCUCCAAGUUAGAGACAACAAACGUUUUCUCUUCAGGCCCCAGAGGAAGGAAAUCAGUGCAUCUGCAGAGAAAGAAGAAGCCAUUGAGUUGUUUUGAAUGAAAAUGUGAUUGGGUUGUGGGUUUUUUUAGAGGAUUGAUCUAAAAGGAAAGUGAGGAGACAAGAAAAGGAGACAUAAGACAUUGGCCUGCUGCUGUCUGACUGGCAGAUUCCAGUUAACACCUUAUCAGCAGAGCAGCAGGCAGCAGCAAAUCCUCGCCUGCUGAAGCUACACAGGGAAAGAAAGAGGGGAGGGUGUUCUGUAACCAGGGACGACAACAGCAACACUCCACAGAGCUACCGGGAGGAUAGAGAGAGAGACACACACACAGAUCCUGCACAAUAACCUUCCUUACCAGGCUGUGCAAGCAAGGGCAGGGGAGGAAAAACAAAUCAACCUGCAGUGUUUAAUUUUUUAUUAAGAGAACCCAUGCCUGAAAUGUAACCACAGCUCUGGUCGCUGUAAAAAAACCGAACCCCAAAGCCCUCUCCCCAAGUGUAAUGUAGCAAUUCUGUUGAUUAGCGUUAUUCUUCAAUUGAAGAGGGGGGUAAAAUCCUCCAGGACUGAAAUCCUGUCUCCCAGAAGGUUGGAGCACCACUAAAACAAAAGCAAUUCUUCCCUCUCCCCCUUACUCCAUUGCCGCUGCUGCUUUUUUGUUUUUUAAAGAAACAUUGUUCUAGGAAGGAGAGGAGAUUGGCAGAAGAACCCGAGGUGAUUUUGAAUUGUUUUUAAAGUCAAGGCAAGCCUUCGGAUGACCCCUCAGUGAAAGAGGGGGAGUUACCAGGCAAUACAGUGAUUGAUGUACUGAGUGAUCUGGAGGAAGAGCUGCUGGGCAAUAAUGGGGAAAUCCAACAGCAAGUUGAAGCCUGAAGUUGUGGAAGAGCUGACCAGGAAGACCUACUUUACAGAGAAGGAGGUUCAGCAGUGGUACAAGGGCUUCAUCAAGGACUGCCCCAGCGGACAGCUGGACGCAGCUGGCUUUCAGAAGAUCUAUAAGCAGUUCUUUCCCUUUGGCGACCCAACGAAGUUUGCAACCUUCGUUUUUAACGUCUUUGAUGAAAACAAAGAUGGGAGGAUCGAAUUUUCGGAAUUCAUCCAGGCGCUGUCGGUCACUUCCCGAGGGACCCUGGAUGAGAAACUGCGGUGGGCGUUUAAACUGUACGACUUGGACAACGAUGGUUACAUCACGAGGAACGAGAUGCUGGACAUCGUAGACGCUAUUUAUCAGAUGGUGGGAAAUACGGUAGAGCUUCCAGAAGAGGAAAACACACCUGAGAAGAGAGUGGAUCGGAUUUUCGCUAUGAUGGACAAGAAUGCCGACGGGAAGCUAACGCUGCAGGAGUUCCAGGAAGGCUCCAAAGCCGACCCGUCCAUCGUACAGGCCCUGUCCCUCUAUGAUGGACUCGUAUAGUCCCGGGAUCCCAAGCUGAGUUGCCUGGGGGAAGAUUCUUUCUGUGCCAUCAGACCACCUCAGUAAAGAAGCUUGCCUGUCCCUCUCCAGCCUUCCUUUAUGUUACACGAACAAGGGAGGCGCUUGAAGUGUGAGGUCAUCCCCCGCACCCACUCUGCACUCUGAAUUAACCGUGUCCAUUUGCCAACUUCCGCUUUCUCAACAACAACAACAACAAAAGGGAAAAAAAAGAAGAAAAAAGAAAGGAAAAAAAUAGAAAAAGAAAAAACAGCGAAUUAUUCAGCUUCUGGGGGUGGAAGGGAUCAUGCAUCGCUGUGUGGAGACCCCUCCCGCCUCUCGCUUUUACUUACUUCGA